AUGGCUUUUGCUGACGAGUCUGAUUGUGAGCUCCCCAGCGAAGAUGAGGGGUUGCCCAUACCACAUCUGCUUGGUGUGGGAGAUCUGUGUGAAGACAGCCCAGCACUACCAGAAGAGGAUUCGAUAGAUGACCCAUUGGAAGGGUUGGACCUGGAGUUGCCAUCGGAGGUAGAGGAAGAGCCAGCCACGUGCCCUCAAGAAGAAUGCUGUAAACACAACUGCCUUUUGCACUUCAACGCUAGUCUCAAUGCAAAGCGCCAGCAGCUAGAAUGGCAGCGCAAGCUGCUGUCUUGGAGCCGUUCAGAAGGCCCUGCUUGGCAGUUCUUUGGCGUGAAGAUGUGCUUCCGUGCUUUUGUAGCCACUACUGGCAUCAGCAAGCGUAAGUGUCAGAAGUUCCUGCUGGCGAUUACCAACGGCCACAGUGAACCCCCAGAGGAUGGCCGGUCCUUGAGAAGCGACCGCGACAUGCCGAAGCGGGACCAUGCCCGGGUCUUUUUUCAAUGGAUCUACAAUCACCUAGCCGAACCUUUAGCUGAGGGUGAGGCAGAGCCAGAGGCUGAAUCAUCGACAGAGUGGGCCGACGAGUUCUCCUACUGGGUGCAGGGCCGGGGGGAAAGUUCAGAGAAUCCUGUGGCGUGUGUUCGCAUCUCAAAGUAUCGCCGGGAUGCCAGAACAGAGGCUGAGAAGCAAGCAUUCACUGCAGCGGCGAAUGAACACAAACAAGGUGUCUUCAGGGAUCGGGCUGCUGGCCGGAGGUUGAUGAUCCUUUCCGAAAGCGCUACAUGCCAGGAUACCUCCUAUGACCCUGCCCAUUCCAUCCUGUAUAUUAGCCUGGAUGGCAUGGACCAGGAGUUUGCACAGUGCGUCCGCAACAAUGUCCAGCCGGCGAGAACUCGGGAGAUGCAUGUGGAAUGCAUCAAUGCCUUCCACAAUUGGCAAGAGUAUCUCCAGCCCUUGAAUGUCUCAUUGAGUGGGCUGGCUAUCUUAGAACACGAGCCAGAUGUCAACUUUUCCUUCCGCUUUGUCUGCAGAGGUGAGCUUCGCAAGUAUCAGGGUUUUGAGAAAUGGAUGGCAAUGGAAGAUGGUGAGCAGGACCUUCAUCCUCAGGACCUUGCUGUGGCACCACAGGAUGGCGAGCUGGGCAAUGAUUCAGAUGUGUUCUUGCUUUGCAAGCAUUUCAUGCAUUCCAGUUGCUUGACACAAAAGCCUACAUUACUCCUCCCUGUGUCGCGCUUGGGAAAUGUGGGCCUGCAACCUACUCAAACUAUAUCGCGGAACAAGCUGUCUGACCGUCAGUUGGCUGAGUUCCGGAAGACAGCCCGCCAGAUUGCAGAACCGCCGUGGUCUUUGCUACGAGCGUCAGACUACCUGAAUCGGUUGUGUGAUGACAAUGCUAGUGAAAAGGUUCAUGAUCCCCCGCCGCUGGAAAUCGAUGGGUUUCAGGCUUUGAGAGACCGUGCAGACCCACCAGAGGACUUGCUCAAUUUCGCACCAGGCACUCCGAGAAAGGCUCCUGCAGAGGCAGCAAUGGAACCGCCUCCUGGAGCCCUGGAAGCAGAAGCGCCUCCUGUUCCUCCUGCCCCACGGCCAGCUCCCAAAAGAGGAUUGAAACGUCCAGCAGCUGCUCCACCUAGAGGGCCUGCAGCAAAAGCUGCCGCUGCUGCUCCUGAGCCAGGACAGCCUUCUGGCGAAGCUCCUGCUGCGCCAGGAGAAGGCAAGUUUUCGCAAUACUUUUUGUCGCCUUGCAGGAGAAAGUUUGUUGCACCAAGUUUCAUUUUGGCCCUGAAUUUGCUUCUUCUCAGCUUGCUUCAUGCGUGGCUCGCUGAGGAUGAUGAUAUCGCUUUCUUGACCACGCCGCGGCAGGAUGUCAAGCGUGCUUUGAAGUUCAGCCCUAAAUCUCAUUCUGCUUCCAAAAUGGGCCAUGGUCGUGCACGCCUGGUUGGGCCAAGGCGUGUCCCGCAGGUGUCCAAGAAGGUGGUCAAGCCAAAACAACAAUCGAAGAAGGCAACCUUGCCUUCAAAGAAGGAUGAGCAGAUUGACACAGCUGCAUUGGACCUUGCUUUGUCGGUUCUGAAGCAGCCCAGGAAGGACAUCACACCUCAUGAUGUGAUGGAACUGUAUAGCCGUCCACGGCUCGUGCCCAUGGCAGAAUCUAUGGGGCUGACAGGCAGCCUUUCCCUGGACAUCGUCCAUGGGUGGGAUGCAUUGAAGCCAGAGCAUCAAACCAUCGCCUCUCAGCUGCUUUCCAAGGUGACACCGAAGUUUCUGAUGACUUCGCCGCCUUGUACCUACUUCUCAGCGUUGAUGGAACUUUGGAACUUCAAGAAGAUGAAAGCUUCUGAGAAACGCCGCAGGAAGAAAGCCGCUGUGGCCAUGGUGGAGCAGGCUGUGGACAGCUGCUUGGCCCAGCAUGAUGCUGGGAGGCUUUUCGCUUUCGAGCACCCCAACAAUGCCACGUCCUGGAAGAUUACGAGCCUGAAGCGCAAGAUGGCUACUCCAGGAACCUAUACCAUCUCAUUUGAUCAAUGCUCAGUGGGCCUGGUGUCUCCAAUGGGAGAACCCAUCCGCAAGCGCACGCGGCUCUGGACCAAUUCACCCAGCAUUCGGGACUUGUUUGAAUCCAAGCAAUGUGCCUGCAUUUGCGAUCACCGGAGGAUCGAAGGAUCCCAGUGUGGAUUCAGCCUUUCGAAGUGGGCGCAAACCUAUCCACCCAAGAUGGUGAAAUGUUUGAUCCAGGGCGCAUCCAAAGAUAUGCCCUAA